AUGGAAGAAGCUGCUUCGAGAUUACCGGGAUACCUCGACAAAAUUGUUGAUUUCGCCGACGGGAUCGCCUAUGAGCUUUUGAAACCCCUGGCAACUUAUCGGUCUUGUCACGAUGGCACGCCCGCAGAAGCGCGGAUGGUGCUUACUUGCCGGCGCCGAGUAGGAGACUCUUCGUCGCCGGACGAAUAUGUCAUGAAGAUCAAGAUUCAAAUACCGGGAGGAGAACGGCGACCCAGCAACAGCCCAGAAGUCGGCCCUAGUACCACUACAGCACAUGAACUCACGGCUCUGGAAAAGUUCCGAGACACACAGAGUGCAUUCACACCGGUGCUGGUCAAUUUCAAAAAGGCAGUCCAACCUGCUGAGGGACCACUGCCGGGAGGCUACCUCACGUUCCUUGUCAUGACCAAGUUGCCAGGCGAUUCACUAUUCAACAUGUACUAUUGGGGCAUGCCGACCGAGGAGAGGAAUGAGAUCACACAGAAGUUCCUCGUUGCGCUCAAAUGGAUCUACGCCCAAGGCAUAGAACCCGUGGACUGCGGGCUGCGAAAUAUUCUAUGGGAGCGAGAAACCAAGACAUGCACCAUCAUCGACUUCGAACUCUGGCGCGAAACAGAUGCACCGUUGGGCGACGAUACGAAAGAACUGCAGAGAUGGGGACUUGCUCGCCAGCCCGCUGCGAAAAACCAUUGGGAAGCUUGGAAUCAGAUGUUUCGAUAG